AUGGCCGACCAAAUACCAGCCGAAAAUGAGAAGAAGCCUGAGAAAGAGGCUCAGAGGGAAAACGCGGCCCUCACGCUCGACACACUUCCACGAAACAUUACCUCGUUGAUUUUGGCCACGAUCACGAUUGACGUCAAUGUACCGUACGUGGUAUCUCCAUCCACUUUUCAGACUUCAGCGACUCGCAAGAAGGAAGAUGCCAGCGCCCGUCGAGACCUUGUCAGCCUUUGCAUGGUUUCCAAACGGAUGAUUUCCAAAACUCGACCAGCGCUCUAUCGAAACAUCCUCAUUGACGAUCUUGACACCUUGAUUCUCCUUUAUCGCACCUUCCUUGAGAAGCCCCAACUCGGCAUCUUUGUCAAGCGGAUGAGCCUCAACAUUUGUCACGGAGACAAAGACUACAAUUCUGAUUAUGGAGAAUUGUGUCGGUCGAUUAACCUACGUCCACUCCUCUCAUAUGCCCAAAAUGGCUUUGAAGAACUUCGGAAGACAACACAUGCACGCCGUGCAACUGAAUUCUACGAGAUUGCUCUUGAGAGACUCUACACCUUACAUUUCAAAGUCCUCAGUCGUACCAGAAACCUCGAGUCGUUGGACCUCAAUGUCCAUCCCCAGACGGAGAUGCGAAACAUUUGCAUGGACACGCAACCGAUUUACCUGGACGUAGUCGGUCGCGUUCUUCGUUCACUGUGGAGAGAGACGUCGCCCUGUCUGUCGAGGCUCAAGGAACUGCAGUUGAUUGGAAAGGAGAAAGCCUGUGCCUACAGAGGUAAUCGGUGGGGCUAUGCGGCACUGAUUUGCAGGUGCUUUCUCAGCCUGCCCGAACUAGAACAACUCGUCUGGUUCAAUCACGCCCACGGCUGGUUUGAUGCGUUUUCACGCCGAACGGUAUCUGGAUCGGGGAAGCGUCUACGUGCCGAUGCCAAAUCUUUGAGGACACUCAAAUUGGGAGAGAGUCUCUGCCUUCCACACGACCUUGCUACGCUUUGUUCCGUCUUUCCAAACCUCGAGUCGUUGUCAGUCGACACUGAUUCGAACCAAUGCCGAGAAAGAUUGCGCAGUCUUGUUCACAGACCGCGGCAGCUCCAUGCGAAUGGAUCUCCGAACUCAGGCCUAGUCAUCAAGUAUCUUACCGACAGAUUUGCGACCCUCGAGAACUUGACGACGCUUGACCUCGACCUCCAUUACGCCUGCGACAUCAGCCGAUCACUUGGACCGUCAGGGACUUUAAGUCUGGCUGCCCUGCCCAACCUGCAGACUCUUGCAGUGCCUUUCCACUUUUUCGUCAGGGAGGGACCGGAUGGUCAUCACAAAGCUGUCAGCCCAACAAGCGUCCUUCCACGUGCACUGAAGACUCUGAGGAUUGUGACUUGCUUCUGGUGCAUUGGGUACCGGGUUUACAAGGAUCCGAGGAUUGUGAAGUGCUCCUGCGGCGCGUACCGGAUUCGCGGGUACGCCAGCGACAGAGCACCUUGCAGAUAUCAGCACCCGGAUGCUGUUCUCGGAUUCCUGGAGGGCAUCGCAAACCCCCGCGUCGAGUCUUUCCCCGACCUCAGCAAUAUCUGCUAUGAGGAAGGCAAGCCGUACCCGAUCACGCAUCACCACAUUACCUGGAAGUGUCCGCACCCCCCCACAGAAAUUCUGAUGCACUCCAACCGGGACACCCCUGAUGCAUUGCGUCUCUCAGCCGUGUCCGAAUCUUUGCGUCAGAGCGGUGUUGUGUUCAAGAUGCGUGACACAACGUUUGGGUGUCGACAAGUCCCAAUGCGAUAUCGUCAACAGAACAGACAUGGCUCGUACUUCCAUCAAGCAGUGCGAAAGCAAUGA